CUCAAGGCCUACGUCAUCCAGCCGGAAGUCGUCGACCCAUAUUCAUCGUUUUGAAUCAGUAGUGCAGCUAUGCUAACUGCUGCUUGUUAGAGUGAGUUAAAGUUGAAAAACCACCAGAUUAAUCAGCUAUAUGUUUAUUUAACUAGAUGUCGGCUGGUUGUUAAGGCAACAGUGCGUGUGGAACAAUGUAGCAGCUGUGACGUAAUGUCCACUCAUCACGACUUUGUUCGUUUAAUAUGAGCUCCCUAUCAGCCCAGCUUCCGGCAUCCAGCUCAUCAUGCAGGACCCUACCUGGAGAGGGAAAUCAGGUACAACCAAAAGCCCCUCUCCUGCAGAUUCUGCGUGUGGCCGGAGCCCAGGAAGAAGUCUUCACACUCAAAGAGGUGAUGCACUACUUGGGUCAGUACAUCAUGGGGAAGCAACUGUAUGACAAACAGAGGCAGCACAUAGUCCACUGCCAGGACGACCCUUUGGGAGAACUGCUUGAGGUUGAGAGCUUCUCCGUGAAAAACCCAAGCCCGGUGUAUGAAAUGCUCAAGAAAUACUUAGUAGUGCUUGGUUGUUCUGACGCUGCAGAGAAUCUUUCUGUGGGCCGUGAAUGUGUAGAGAGCGGAGUGGAGGAUCGUGGUCAGAUGUGUGGAGGUGUGGUUAAAGCAGGGCUGAUGGCUGGCAGUGAUGGGCCUCUCCUGCAGACCCCCUCCCAACGACGACCUCGAGAGCCAGACGAUGACUCCCUUGAUGGCCUGCCACGGUCAGCCUGCAAACGACCUAAACUGGAUGUUUCUUUGGACGAGUGGGACCUCUCUGGCCUGCCCUGGUGGUUUCUGGGUAAUCUCCGUAGUAACUACAGCCGCAGGAGCAAUGGCUCCACUGACAUCCACACAAACCAACUGUCUCCUGCACAGGAGGAGGACACGGCCAUCGUGUCGGACACCACCGACGACCUGUGGUUCCUGACCGAGGGCGGUAGUGAACAGGUCAGCGUGGAGAUGAAGGAAGCUGCUCUGGAGGAAGGGAGCGCAGGAGACGGGGAGGCUCUACCUGAGGAUGAGGAUGAAGGAGGGAAGGAGGAGAAAGCAGAUGGCGAGAUGCAGGAAGAGCCAGAUGAAGACUCUCAGUGCCUAAGUGAUGACACUGAUACAGAGAUCUCCACACAGGAUGCCUGGCAGUGCACUGAGUGCAGAAAGUAUAACACUCCUCUCCAGAGGUACUGUGUUCGAUGCUGGGCUCUACGUAAGAACUGGUACAAAGAUGUCCCCCGACUCGCCCAUUCCCUUUCUGUUCCUGACAUCCCAGCAUGCAGCUCUCUCACCACCAAUGAUGAGGAAGAUGACAGUGACACGGGCAUUGACGUCCCAGACUGCAUCAGGACAAUCUCUGACCCUGUCAUCCUGCCCUCCCACUCCACAGCUGACCGACCACUUCCCACUAUGGCAGCAGGGAAAGGCAAGGGGCCUUGGCCCUCCAGCUUCCACAAGGAUGAGCAGCUCUCAGGAGGGGAGAGUCAGGAAAACCUGGGCAUGGAGAUUGAAGAGGUCAAGCCAGAGGCACUUUUGGAGCCUUGCAAGCUGUGUCGAGUGCGACCACGCAACGGAAAUAUAAUUCAUGGACGCACUGCUCACCUGAUAACCUGUUUCCCAUGUGCAAGAAAGCUACACCAGUUCCAUGCUCCUUGUCCAGGAUGUGGGAAGAUCAUUCAAAAAGUUAUUAAGAUAUUCAUCGUCUAAAAAAGGCAUGCACACACAUCGGCUCUGGGGAACUCAACAACAAAAAAUACAACACAAACAUUUGACCCCACAGAUGCAUGCACUCUGGUUCACACUCACUGCUCGUAGACACAAGAAUCGUACACCUAACCCUUAAAACUUACAAAGAUAGACACAAAAUAUAGCACUUGGUGAAGCUUGCUCUUGGUUGCAUGGUUUAUUCUGCAUCACACUGCCUCUGAAGUAUUGUUGGUUGAAACCUUGGACACAAGAGUUUGUCAAACCAAAUUGGUGCCACAUUUAAAUGAGGGAUAUAUAAAGGCAGACGUAUUUAUUUAUUUAUUAGAAAAUCACCUAACAGUGCACGUUUGUGUAAGCCAUUUGAUUUAAUGAAAGCUUGUUCUUUGAGGCUAUUUGGAUUUUCUCAUUUGUUUUUGCAUUGUAUUGAAAUGCAUUUUAAACAAGUAUUGCUUGCGUUUGUUCUGUUAGUUUUGUUUGACUUUCUUUCUCCAUAAACUCACUAGAGUCAUCUGGACAUAAAAUGGAAAGAUCAGUGCAGGUAUUCAACUACAAGAAUAUUUCUUUGAACAACUUCUAGCCCAUUUUGUGUUUUCAUAUCCUUUUUAUCUAUUGUGUCUCUGACAUUUGAGUUAUGAAGACAAGAUUGAAGGAACAACAGGAAAGAGACCUAAAACCAUGAUUUUGUAGUCAACGGCUGCAGCUCCUUAAAAGUAAAACCCCCUAAGCUUUUCUUUAAAAAAUAAAAGAAUUAUUAGCAUAAUUGAAUGUACUGUAAAAUACGAAUGUGGGUGGCUUAAGUCCUGUUUCUCUCAACAUAGUAUUUUAAAAUGUAGAAUUGAAUAUAACCUGCUUGAGAAUGCACAGCUGAAGUAUUUACUGUAAUUUCCUCUUGGGGUAGUAAUUUGAUGUUAAUAUGUAUUCAAUACCAUAUUUACAAAUGCCAAGCUACCGGUGACAGUUAUGCCUGCAGUAAGUUAUGUUGUAUAAUUGGUGGUUAAUGUUUAAAUUUUACUGUUCAGAAAGGGUACUUUUCUUACAUCUCUUCCUGAACGUAUGAUAAAUGAACAAUAUCUGUAUAUUUUGUAUUUAAUUUAUUUAUGAUUAGGUUUUGAUUUAUUAGAUGACCACCAGCUCUAAUAAAGCAGUAAAGAGGCUGAGCUUGUUACAGAGCUCUAAUGUGUAACAUUACUAAUUGAAAAAUAUAGUUAAAGUCUUAAACUAAACUAAAUUACUAAAUGUACCAUGUCUGAAAAUGACUUGGGAGUACUUAUUGGGAGGUGGAGGUUUGAUCUCAGCGUUACACUGCCAUGUAAUGACUCUGAAUUAUAAUUGUAUAUUAUAGAUUUUAUUUGGAUGGAUUAUUUGAAGAAUGUAUUGCUGGACCACGUAGAUACAAUUUACCUUCAGUAAGCUCUGCAACGCUGACAAGUGAGAUGUCCAGGGACAAAGCAUUAAACUCUUGUUUAUAUUACAGAUCUUUGAUCUGCUCUUUACUUGCAUUUAAUCUUUCUGCCAGCAGGUGGGGAGAAGUCUGAAUAUGGUAUCUGGUGAACAGUACCAGUAAUAACAUGUAAAGCAUAUAUAGAGCAUGCCUCCCGUUGUGACUAGAGCCAGCACUGAGCUGGUUUGAGAGCUAUAUAAAAGCUAUAAUAGGUUAAUGUAGGCUGUUGUAUUUAUCGCCAUAAUUGUGCUUCUAGAAAAGCAAACCUAUUAUUGAUAUAGACGUCAUAAAAAGCAGCUGAGCUUACAUAUUAUACCCUUGAUCCUGUUUCAGAACCACUGACUUGUUACAAUUAUUGAAAUUAAGACUUUAAUGUGCUAAAACAUGGUACAGCUUAUGUAUUUUUUUUUUUACCUGUCCUGGAAUGAAAUGAGUUGUUUUGUAAAGCAAUAAAGAGUUGAGUUAAUAGUUUCAUUUAGUUAACUUGCUGACCAGAGGGACAGUUGAU